CGGGUGAAAGGUGUCCUGUGUGGUUGUAUAUAGAAACGCUCCAUGGACCAGCAGUAGAUGAAGAAGAGGUCUGCGCCAAGAUCAUGAUGAGUGUAAACAGACUUGUCCUGUCGAAAUCAGUUGAAGUCGGAAAGCGGCUGCUCGCCUGUAGUGUGAGGCAUGCUGGGAAAGAAGCGCUGCGUCUUCAGCAGCGAAGGUCCAUUAAAACUCACUCAAGAAACCUCGCGUAUGCCAAGGAUCUCUUCCUCGGUCAGCUGAACAAGGCUGAGGUCUUCCCUUAUCCAGAAAUUGGAAAUGAAGAAGUGGAGGAGAUCAACCAGCUCGUUGCGCCGGUGGAAAAAUUCUUCAGUGAGGAAGUCGACUCGGCAAAGAUUGACCGAGAAGCCAAAAUCCCUCCAGAGACUUUGAACGGGUUGAAGGAGCUCGGCCUGUUUGGAAUCAUGGUUCCUGAGGAGUAUGGCGGUCUCGGAUUGUCCAACACCAUGUAUGCACGACUGGCAGAGAUCAUCUCGUUAGAUGGCUCUAUUGCUGUGACACUGGCUGCACAUCAAGCCAUUGGACUGAAGGGGAUUCUGAUUGCAGGGAAUGAAGCCCAGAAGCAGAAGUAUCUGCCCAAACUGGCCUCAGGGGAACACAUCGCAGCCUUCUGUCUGACAGAGCCUGGGAGUGGAAGUGAUGCAGCCUCCAUUCAGACCCGCGCAACCCUGUCAGAAGAUGGAAAACAUUACCUGAUCAACGGCUCGAAGAUUUGGAUUUCAAACGGAGGCAUGGCAGACGUUAUGACAGUGUUUGCCAGGACCGAGGUGGUUGUAGAUGGCGUGAAGAAAGAUAAGGUUUCUGCCUUUAUCGUGGAGAGGGCUUUCGGGGGCAUCACCAGCGGCAAGCCUGAGGACAAACUGGGCAUCCGGGGCUCCAACACUUGUGAAGUGUCCUUUGACAACGUCCCGGUGCCAAUAGAGAAUGUAAUAGGAGAAGUAGGUGGUGGAUUCAAGAUUGCCAUGAACAUCCUAAACUCAGGGAGGUUCAGCAUGGGCAGUUCCUCAGCUGGAAUGAUAAAAAAGCUGAUCGAAUUGACCUCGGAGUACGCUGCAACCAGGAAGCAGUUUAACAAAAGCCUGAGUGAAUUCGGCAUGAUUCAGGAGAAGUUUGCAGUGAUGGCUCUUAAUGCCUUUGUGAUGGAGAGCAUGGCGUACUUGACGGCGGGGAUGAUGGACAGACCGGGCCUUCCAGACUGUAGUCUAGAGGCCGCCAUGGUCAAGGUGUUCAGCUCAGAGGGAGGCUGGAUUUGUGUCAGUGAGGCUCUUCAGGUCCUCGGAGGUCUGGGUUAUACAAAGAACUACCCCUACGAGCGCUACGUCAGGGACUGUCGCAUCCUGCCUAUCUUUGAGGGGACCAAUGAAAUCCUGAGGAUGUACAUCGCUCUCACUGGAAUGCAGUACGCUGGCAAAGUCCUCACAGCGAAAAUAAAGGAGAUGAAGAAAGGAAAUGUAGGUCUGGCUUUGAGCAUGGUCGGCAAGAAGCUGAGGAGCUCGUUGGGAGGCUCAGUGGACCUCGGCCUGACGGGAAAAGAUGGAGUGGUGCAUCCCAGCGUGGCGGAAAGUGCAAAGAAGCUGGAACACAAUGUCUAUCAUUUGGGAAUGACUGUGGAGAGCCUGCUGUACAGAUAUGGAAAGACCAUAGUGGAUGAACAGCUCGUCCUGAAGAGAGUAGCAGAUGUGCUGAUCAACGUCUACGCCAUGACGGCUGUCCUGUCCAGAGCCAGCCGCUCCAUCAGCAUCGGCCUCAGGAAUCACGACCACGAGGUGCUGCUCACGAACACAUUCUGCAGCGACGCCUUCUUCAAGAACAACUACUUAAUGGCUCAGUUGCAAAAACACUCUCCUGAGAACAACGAUGCCAGCAUCAAGAAGAUCGCCAGGGAGGUCUUGGAGAACAGAGCAUACGUCUGCUCUCACCCUCUUGAAAGAACGUUCUGAGCCAUUGUCGCCUCUGUUCUGAUUGGACAAUAUGGACGAGCCCAGGUCGCAGUCCCAAUGAUUUGUCUUUACCCUUUCAUUGACUUGACUGACUUAGCUUGACAUUAUUUGUACACUUGUUUAAUAAAUUAAGAGAUUUCUGAUUUUUCGUUACUGUAUUUUAUUAACCAUCAAACACCUGCAAUCUUUGGAUAAUGACUGUUCUCUUCUGAUGACUUGAUAUGAAGUGCUCUUUGAGGUUAUUGCUGCAGAUACUAGUUUGAAUGCUUAUGAGCCUAUUUGGUAUAAGGUACAGUUUGUGUGGGUUCUGGUUUCUACAGUAUUCCUGAAAGGCUGCACAGCUGAUGUGUUCGUCUUCUGAAAAGUGAAGAUACUCUUCUCCUCGUCUGUCAGAGGCAGGGCGGUCCGCUUGUACAGGAAUGAAUGCUGCUGACUGAAUCCACUGUGAAGAGCAACAACAUAUGAACACAACAACUUUAAUUAUUUUCCCUAGUAUCUGUUGCUGCUUUCUUUUUUGAAUAAAAAUUCUAA